AUCAGCAACUAUGGCAUCAACCUCGACACAUAAACUACCCCAUGGGUUCCUCGAGGACCCAGCGCCUGACCUAACCAAAACCAAAAUUGACUUCAACAAACAAGGCCUCCCGGAAUACCAGAAUGCAUGGGCAGUCGUACUAGACGGUGUACUCACAGAGAAGGAAUGCAAAACAUUGCUUGAAGCGGCCGAGGCAACCACAGAUGGCAAAUGGGAAAGAGCAUUGGUCAACAUCGGUGGGGGUAUGCAAGCCAUGUAUGAGGACACAAGAAAGUGCGGCCGCAUCAUCUGGGACAACAAGGAACUCAUGACGAGGCUUUGGGCCAGAAUAGAGACAUCAGUACCAGAGAUCCAUCGUCUCCAAAACUGGGCCGAAGUUACCGGAUACGGUCCCGUGAAGCGUAAAGAAACGUGGAAAGUGACGAGGCUGAACGAGCGCGGACGAUAUCUCAAAUACAUUGGCGGCGAGUACUUCAAACCCCACUGUGAUGGUGCCUACGAAACACCCGAUAGAACCGAGCGGUCAUACUUUACCCUGCAUCUGUAUCUAAACGGCGCUGUGGAAAAGAGUGGGGUGCGGCAGCUAGAAGGCGGCGCCACAACUUUCUUCAGCGGCAAUUUGGUCCAGCGUAUAGAUGUCGAACCAAAGGCCGGACGCGUCCUGCUAUUCCAGCAUCGCAAUCUCAUCCACUCCGGCGACGAUGUGGUAAGCGGAACAAAGUAUACGCUGCGGACGGAUAUCAUGUAUACGGUCGAAGGACGCGGCGAAGGGGCCUAGGCGAGCAGGUGCAGGAGAGAAAAGGUGACAUGGCUGAAGGUAAGGCGGGUUGCGUGGGUUGCGUGAUUUUUUGUUAGUAGUAUCCUUGAACUGAUAGAUGCUGCGCAAAAUAGCACACUUACGUAGAAAAAAAUGGUGAACGGCCUGCCUCGCCA